CACAAAAAUUAUGGCGGACGUAAAAAGUAGUAAUUUUAGUUUUACACAUGUUCCUACGAAACGAUUUCAGUCUUUUGAAUCUACAGAAGUUAAAGAUCUUCUAUUGAAAUGGGGAAUGUCGAAUAGAACUGUUCUCCAAAUGUACACAUACGAUAAAUAUUUUCAACURUACCAGAAAGAUCAAUUUGUGAAGGAUUUCUUUGCKGACCAAAACGUCCUUUCCACCUUACAGGUACUCAUUAUAGCUACAUCUCAAUAAAUUAGAAAACUAAUUAUUGACUCUUUACUAUUUAUCCAUGAUUCCAAAACACUUGCUGAGCAAGUACCAUGUACGGUAACAUCAAUGGAUUUCUUUGACAGAUUAUAUCAUAAAGGUGUUGUCAGAGAAAGUGGUGCAAUCAAGAAGUGUUUUGAUGAGUUUUAUGAAGAUUUCAUUAUUUCAGAUGAACUCAGAAAGGUMCUACUUCUCGAGGAAUCAGAGCUUUAUCCAAUAUUUAGUGAAGAUGACAGACAAGAAUUAUUGUUUUUGAUAUUUAAACAUCUGUGUCUUGGUGGAGAAGUCUGUCAGUAUGAAGAUACGGUCACACCAUAUUUGGACACUGCCAAAUUAAUCUACAAAGAGUUAAUCAGUGUCAACAAAGACCCAGAAACAAAGAAAUUGCAAGUGGGAUCAGUUGUAUUACAGAUAUCAGCAAUGGUGGGUUAUAUAACAGUACCAAUGAAAUGA